AUGAAUUUCAACAGAUAUAAGUACGACGCCUCACCGUGGAUGCAGCCGGGUAUUGGAAUCGGAGGUGGCGCGGCCCACGCAGGUGGGACAGGUGACGACGAGGCUCCGAAAGAUCCCGGUGUUCGGAUCACUCAUCAGUCUUACACCGAGAAAGACUACGAAGGUCACAGAGCGCACACCGUCUACGUGGGCGUGCAUCUGCCAGGUGAGAGGAGACAUCGCCGUCACCACAAGCACCAUCAUUCCCAGCGUCAGUCGUACGCCGCCGAUAAGGAGAACGUCGACAAUGACAGGCCCAUCACACCGCCGGCCCAAAGGGUGCAGUUCAUCCUGGGCGAGGAAGUCGGGGACGAUGCUCACGUCUCCCAUCCUCUUUUCUCCGAGAUGGAGGAGCUCGUCAAGGAUGGGGACGAGAUGGAGUGGAAGGAAACCGCGAGAUGGAUCAAAUUCGAGGAAGACGUCGAGGAGGGCGGAAACAGAUGGAGCAAACCUCACGUAGCGACCCUUUCGUUGCACUCGUUGUUCGAGCUGAGGAGCCUGCUGUUGAACGGCACCGUGAUGCUCGACAUGGAGGCGAUCAGUCUCGAGCAAGUCGCCGAUCUGGUCCUCGACAAUAUGAUCAACAAGGGCUCGCUGCCGAUCGAGGCCAAAGAAAAGGUCAGGGAAGCUCUUCUCGUGAGACAUCGACAUCAACACGAGAGACGGAAGGACAACAACAUGUCCAGACUGCCGAUCAUAAGAUCGUUGGCCGAGAUCGGACGGAAUCAUUCCUCGUCGAAGAAUUUCUCCUGUACAUGUGGUUUGCAUGCGUUGUUGACGUCAGAUUUACAGGAGCGUCGCGGCGACGCUGGGGACGCUUACGCGCCCUCGGUCGCUCGCAGCAGCAGCUGCCCGAAUUCGAACACGGCUUUGCUGUCGAGAGAAGCGAAAGAUCUGAAAGGACCGUACCUUCUGGUUCCAGGACAAGAACCGUCCACCAAUGGAAUGGAUCGAAGUCCCAGCAACGUGUCGAUCAGCCGGAAUCACAGUUCGUCCGCAUUGGAGAACGGAGACGUGAAUCACAGGGGUAACACGCACUUUAUGCGGAAAAUACCAGCGGGAGCCGAGGCGAGCAACAUUCUCGUAGGGGAGGUGGAUUUUUUAGAUAAAACAUUGUCAGCCUUUAUACGACUGAGCCAAGCCGCGAUGAUGGGCGAUCUGACGGAAGUUCCUGUCCCGACGAGAUUCAUAUUCGUCUUGCUGGGACCAACGGGAGGAAUCUCCGGUUUUCACGAGAUCGGUCGCGCCAUGGCCACUCUGAUGUCGGACGAGGUGUUCCACGACGUGGCGUACAAAGCUAAGAAUAGGAAUCACCUGCUCGCUGGAAUCGACGAGUUCUUGGACGCAGUCACGGUUCUACCGCCCGGCGAAUGGGAUCCCGCGAUCAGAAUAGAACCACCAGCCGCGAUUCCCUCGCAGGAAGUGAGAAAGCGGCCGAAAGAAGAGAAACCGAAGGACGAAAUGGACGAAGAAGAGGACGAGCAGAAGCUCAGAGAAGAAUCCGGCCUGUCGAGGACAGGAAUACUUUUCGGGGGUCUGAUCAACGACAUCAAAAGAAAAGUGCCGGUUUACUUGUCCGACUUCAAAGACGCUCUGGCCAUCCAAUGCAUAGCGUCCUUCAUAUUUCUGUACUUUGCCUGUCUCUCGCCCAUAAUCACGUUCGGUGGAUUGCUGGGCGAAGCCACGGGAAAGAAUAUGGCCGCCAUGGAGUCGCUCGUUUCUGGUUUCGUUUGCGGCAUCGGCUACGGAUUUUUCUCGGGGCAACCGUUGACCAUUCUCGGCUCGACCGGUCCCGUUCUGGUCUUCGAAACGAUCGUUUACGAAUUCUGCAAAAAAUCCGAAUGGAACUACAUGUCCUUCCGUUUCUGGAUCGGCUCGUGGAUAACCUUGAUUCUGGUGAUCCUAGUCGCGAUCGACGCCAGCGCCCUGGUCUGCUACAUCACGCGAUUCACCGAAGAGAAUUUUGCUACCCUAAUCGCUUUCAUCUUCAUCUACAAGGCUAUCGAGAACGUGUUGUCCAUUGGCAAGAAGUAUCCGAUCGACACCCACACGAAGGAUUCGUUCGAUUUCGAGUGCUGGUGCGAUCCGCCGAACGGCACCCUGCCAUCCAGCUACGACAACGUCAAUUGGACGGCGUUGGAUCAGCAAGCAUGCCAGAGCUACAACGGCACCAUGGUGGGCGACAGUUGCAACCUGCCGCACCACAUACCCGAUGUGUUCCUCAUGUCAAUUAUUCUAUUCAUGGGCACCUUCUUAUUAUCCGUCGAGCUCAAAGACUUCAAGAACGCUCUCUUCUUCCCGUCGAAGGUCAGACAGGUUGUCAGUGACUUCGCGGUGAUAAUCGCGAUUUUCUCGAUGAGCGCGCUCGAUCAUUUCGUGAAUAUUCCGACGCCGAAGCUGGAGGUGCCGGAGGAAUUCAAGCCGACGUUGCACAAUCGCGGAUGGAUCAUCUGGCCUUUUCAGGAUAAUCCAUGGUGGAGCGCCAUUGUCGCGUGUCUGCCAGCUCUUCUGGGCACUAUACUAAUUUUCAUGGACCAACAGAUCACAGCGGUGAUAGUGAACAGAAAAGAGAACAAGCUAAAGAAAGGAUGCGGGUAUCACUUGGACCUGUUUGUUCUCGCGAUCCUGAUCGAGAUUUGCUCGGUGAUGGGGCUACCGUGGUUCGUGGCGGCGACAGUGCUCUCGAUCAACCACGUGAACUCGUUGAAGUUGGAAUCGGAAUGCGCCGCGCCUGGCGAGAAACCACAAUUCCUUGGGGUUCGGGAGCAACGUGUCACACACAUUCUGAUCUUCCUGAUGAUCGGCUGCUCGGUACUCUUGACGCCGAUGUUGAGGCACAUACCGAUGCCGGUUUUGUUCGGGGUGUUCCUCUACAUGGGGGUCGCCUCGUUGAAAGGCCUUCAGUUCUUCGACAGAAUUCUGAUCAUGCUGAUGCCCGUCAAAUAUCAACCCGACUACAUGUUCCUCCGACAGGUGCCGCUGAAGCGUGUCCACCUGUUCACAGUGAUACAACUAACUUGCCUAUCGUGCCUCUGGAUCAUCAAAUCUUUCAGCAGCACUUCCAUUCUCUUCCCAUUGAUGUUAGUGGUGAUGAUCGGAAUACGAAAAUCCUUGGACCUGGUAUUCACUCAACGGGAGCUCAAGAUACUGGACGACGUGAUGCCGGAACCGAGCAAAAAGCACGCCGACGAUCUUCGCCAGCUGGAGAGUGGCGAGGAGCAGAACGAGUCGAUGGGAUACGGGACGCCGAGCAACAUACAGAUCUCGUUGGCGAACGGGAAUAUCAUGAAGAUCCCGAUGACGAGCAUAAACAUCAGCGAGGAGGUGAACAAAACAGGGAUCUGGCAACAGGUGAACGAGGGUAACGAGAAACCGAAGCAGGCCAAAUUGAUCAACGCGGGAAAGUCGAAGAAGCACUCGAAAAAAGAGAGCUCGUUGAUGGCCGACGAGACAACGAGGCUGACUACGAUGACCGAAGAGGACGAGGAUGACAGUGGGAUAUCGAUCAAGGUAGACCUGAUACGAUCGAAGGAAAGCAUCAGCCCGAUGACUGUUAACGGGACUACAUCGGCCGAGACGUCUGUGUAA